AGAAGUGCCCCAGCCCCUCCUUCCCUGCAUAGCAUAGACUCCAAAAAUUCAAACACUGAGGUUUUACGUUGUUAGCAUUCAACAACGCCCUUCGUCUAUCUAUAUAACCAUUCUCACGCACACACAAUAUAUAUCUAAUCAAUCGUAUUCCGCAACUUGAGCAACUUUGAUUUCCAGAACGAAUUAGGCUUCUUGCGGAUUCUCUUAUGGCAAUGGAUGCUUUCUGUAUCAAGGCAGGGAUUCACGGAAUCACAGCGCCGCCGAUCGACGCCACCGGGAAUGUGGAGCUCCGUCUUAGUGCUGCGGCGGCGGAGGGGCCUUCUGCGUCGCCGAGGAAUUUCCCUUGGGGCUUUACUUUCCGGCGGCCGCUGAGAUCAUUGUGGCCGGGGACCAAAAUCCGGUUGGAAUCAGCUAUUGCGAUGGACGACGCCGUUUUGGCGGAGAAGGAUGAUGUUGUGGAGAGUGUGGAUGAGAAUUGGGUUUCGAAGGUUCUGCGUAUCAAUUCGUCGAGAAAAGGAGAGGAAAUGAGGGCGAAAUUGGAGGGAAAAUGUGGAAAUUAUGUCAAGGAGGAGGAGAAUUUCUGUGCUGAGAAUGAAGAUUGUGAUGUGUGUGCGGUUGACGAAGACGAUGGUGAGAAGAUUGAAUUUGACAGGGAGUCGUUUUCGAAGCUGCUUCGAAAGGUGUCUCUGGCGGAAUCGAGAUUAUAUGCUCAAUUAUCUUAUUUGGGGAGCUUGGCUUAUUGCAUACCUCAAAUCAAGCCUGGGAAUCUUCUGAGAUAUAAUGGAUUCAAGUUGGUGACUUCAUCUAUAGAGAAGAAAGAGUUGGCACUGAAGAUUGAGAAAGAGAAGGAAUCAGCAAGUGCAGCAGCUGAAGCUGAGAAUGUCGAGAGUAAUGAAACCAGACAAGGCAUUGAGGCGGAGGCUGAAAGAAACCGUGUUUCUUCUGCUGCUUAUCAGAUUGCUGCUUCGGCUGCUUCUUAUUUCCAUUCUCAUACGAAGGUCAUCCUUAACUUGAAAUCCUCCAAAUCGAAGCUGGAUGAGAAUUGCGUAGUAGAUACAAGUGUUGAUAUGAUGAAUCAUGAUAUGGCCUCAUUGAUGGCAACUACUGAUUCAAUGACUGCAGUUGUUGCUGCGGAGGAGGAAGUAAAGCAGGCUAUGGCUGAUGGUCUGAACUCGACCCUCUCACCCCCAUGCGAGUGGUUUAUUUGUGAUGAUGAUCAAACUGCAACAAGAUUCUUCGUUGUACAGGGAUCUGAGUCACUGGCUUCAUGGAAGGCCAAUCUACUUUUCGAGCCAAUUCAGUUUGAGGGACUCAAUGUUCUCGUCCACAGAGGUAUCUACGAGGCUGCAAAAGGGAUCUACGAGCAUAUGUUGCCUGCCAUUCAUUCACACCUCGAGGCUCACGGAGAUCGUGCCAGAUUCCGUUUCACGGGGCAUUCUCUUGGUGGGAGUUUAUCAGUGCUUGUGAAUCUCAUGCUGCUGAUAAGAGGCGGAGCGCCUCGUUCUUCAUUGCUUCCGGUUAUAACCUAUGGAGCACCAUCUAUCAUGUGCGGUGGGGAUCGCCUGCUUCAUAACCUUGGGUUGCCACGGGAUCAUGUUAGGUCGAUCACAAUGCAUCGAGACAUUGUUCCUAGAGCUUUCUCUUGCAAUUAUCCAAACCACGUUGCUGAAUUUCUCAAGGCUGUGAAUGGGAAUUUCCGCAAUCAUCCCUGUCUUGAUAAACAGAAGCUUUUAUACACGCCUAUGGGAGAGCUUCUGAUUCUCCAACCAGACGAAAAAUUCUCUCCAAACCACGACCUCCUUCCUCCGGGCAGCGGUCUGUAUCUUCUGACAUGCCCGGCUUCAGACAUGGCCGAGGCAGAGAAGCAGGUGCGUGCUGCACAAGCUGUGUUUCUGAACUCGCCACACCCUCUCGAGAUACUGAGUGACCGGUCUGCAUAUGGCUCCGAGGGCAGCAUUCAGAGAGACCACGACAUGCUAUCGUAUCUCAAGUCUGUGAGGAACGUCAUCCGCCAUGACCUCAACCGCGCGAGGAGAGCCAGGAGGGAAGAGCGUCAGAGAGUUUGGUGGCCGGGUGUGGCGCCUAGUGGGGGUGUGAUUGUGAGGAGGCCGGUUAUGAUAGGGCAAGGGCCGUUCAACUUCUCCGGCAUGGUCCGGACGGGGCGGGAGUCGUUGAAACGGCUGGUUGCGUCGCAGCAUAUGCAUUUGCUUGCGGUGCUUAUGUUCCCUGCUCUGGGCAGCUCCAUCAACAUUAGUUGAAGAACGAGAAGCAACGCUAACAUAUCCUAUAUUUACAUAAUAAAAUUCUUGAUUGAUGUAGGGAUAUAUAAAGAUGUAAAUGGUUAGAGAAAAACCAUGUUGUAUGUAUGAUUGGGCCGAUGUGACAACCUUAAGUUAUGGGAAAUUAAUGUCCCGUGAUAUGAAAUACGAAUGCAUUUCUUUCAUCA